CCUGUCAAAAAGAUGGUCUGUAUAAGGCAUUCCCCAGCCCAUACAAACGCUCUUCUCUUUUCGCAGCUCCACUGGCGCUUAUAUGCGUGGCCCAAGCCCACACACGCUCUGCUUCCCUUUGGUAACAUUUCGAAACAAGCAGCGGACACAAAUCAGUUUGUAUAACUAACGGCUAGUUUUUUAUUCCAAUCACAAUCACAGUUGCAAUCUCUCUCUCAAGAUUCAAGAAGAAGAAGAAAGUGAAGAGGAGAAGAUGGAUCCAGAGACGGAGUUUCUCGCAUCAAAACAAGAGACGGGUAACGAGUGGGAACUGUUCAAAGAAAAUGUAAGACCCUUGAAAAGAGGCCGCAAUGUUGGCCUCUUGAAUCAAGCCCUCAAAUAUCACUCAGAUUAUCAACUCAAGAGAUCUCUCCUGGAUACCCGAAGGAAGUUGAUCGAAGCUAUUGAUGAGUACGAAGGGGAUGACCCUCUCUUGCCAUGGAUCGAGUGUAUAAAAUGGGUUCAAGAGGCAUUCCCACAAGGAGGAGACAGCUCAGGCCUCAUACUCAUAUACGAACAAUGUGUGCGUGCCUUUUGGCAUUCCGACCGGUACAAGGAUGAUCUCCGUUACCUCAAAGUUUGGUUAGAAUACGCUGAAAACUGUGUUGAUGCAGAAGUCAUUUACAGUUUUCUUGAUGCAAAUGAAAUUGGCAAGUCACAGUCUGCCUAUUACCUUGCAUAUGCUUUGCAUAUGGAAUCCAAGUCUAAGAUGAAAAUUGCAAAUGACAUUUUCAAUCUUGGGAUAUCUAGGGAUGCUCAACCAAUAGAAAAAUUGAAGGAUGCCUACAGGAAGUUUCUUAUUAGAUCAAUGACAAAACCAAAAGUUGUGGAGGAUGACGGUGGAGAAAGUCACUUACCAGUCCGAAGCUUUGGAACUGUCUUGUCCAGCACAGAUAAUCGGAGGCAAAAUAUGGAGAGAUCCGAACUUGCAAAUAAACAAAUGAAGCCGGACAGGACUCAGAAGACCCCCCUUUCUAUUUUCAAAGACACAACAAAUAUUGAUGCCAUGCCAGGACAUCAAUCAGUUAAGGCCAAGCCAGAGUUGAAUCCUUGGAGCACUCUUGGAGCUCGAGAAGAGAGAAACAAAGAAAAUAGUGCAGUGCCUACCAAAUGGACAACAUAUAAGAUUCCGCAGAGACCUGGAGCUAGAACUGGAGGGGUAACUGCAAGUGCCUCCAUUGAAGUGUUUGUUGACGAGGAAUGUUCCAAAAUGGUUAGAGCACAGUAUCACGAUGGCAUGUCUUCGACAUUGAGGCUGAGACAGGGGGACGGCCUAUACAUUAAGAAGGAAACAGAUCUCUUAAGGGAGAACCCACUAAGGAAUUUUCCUUUGCGUAGCCUCCCUAGGGAGGACCUGGCAAACGGAUGCAAUCUUGAUUGAAGGAGAAUUCCGCAUCAAUCCGAGGCAUUCCUGAAAGGCGUGCUAGGUGAAGCAGAUCAAUACCCGGAUGCUCAUGCAUUGAGUGAAUUGAUAGCUUCAAGUACAAAAAUCACUAACCAGGAAAUUCAUUCCACUUGCUUUUUCGAUAAAGGGUGGCAAAAGUUGAGAUGAAGUUGACAGCAACUGAGGUGAUUUUGCAGGAUAAGAGGCCACUGGUCAUGUGUUAAUAAUACAAGCAUGCAUAGGCAACCGGCCCCUUAAGAAUUACCUUCAAGUACUGCAAUAAGAUUAGUUAAUCAUUUUGAAUUUCUAAGCCUCGCUUUUCUCUGGAAUGGAACGUGCAAAUUAAAGAAUUUAGCCCUUGAUAAUUUUAUGUGA